CUCAGGCCCCCACGUCCAUCCAUCUGUCUGUCGGGAACGUGGACUGAGAGUCGGCAGAGGAGACGGAGCUGAACCCAUCACUCAACUCAGAGCCAGCAAGACAUGAACCCCAUGUCCCCUGCCCUAAGGCAUCGUGUCUAACAGAAGACGCGGAGGGGGCCAGAAUCGGAGACAGCCUUGCUGGCAGCCGGGAGCCCCGCAGGUGCCGUGACCCCGGGCCCUCUGCAGUGCCUGUUGGCCCUGAAUCUGAAGGUCAGAGUGCAGCUUGUCUGUCACCAGGACCCAGCGUGGACUCCGGGGACUGUCCAGCGUCUCUGGCACAGGAGCCGACACCCCUGACCAUGUAGAUGCCAGCUCUGGGACACAGCAUGGGCUUCAAUGAAUGGGGACUUCUGAGUCUGCAACGCUGAGCCUCUCUGGCCCUUGGACUGCACCCUACACCUGGAGGCACCCCCUGGUGCUCCCCACUACUGUCACCAGCCCUCCUGAGCCACCCCCUGUGCCCAGGAACCAGACUCCGUGUCCGGGAGCCACAGGCGUCCAGCGAGGUUGAGCUGAAGGCAGCCCAAGGGCCAUCUCCCAGCACCCUCUUGAUAGGCAGGGGCCUCGGGCUCACCCCAGGCAGGGACUGUGGCAAUCAUGGGUGACAUGACCAACAGCGACUUUUACUCCAAAAACCAAAGAAAUGAGUCGAUCCGUGGGGGCGAGUUCGGGUGCACGAUGGAGGAGCUGCGCUCCCUCAUGGAGCUGCGGGGCACGGAGGCGGUGGUCAAGGUCAAGGAGACCUAUGGGGACACCGAAGCCAUCUGCCGGCGCCUCAAGACCUCACCUGUGGAAGGAUUGCCCGGCACAGCUGCAGACCUAGAAAAGAGAAAGCAGAUUUUUGGACAGAACUUUAUACCUCCAAAGAAGCCAAAAACCUUCCUGCAGCUUGUGUGGGAAGCCCUGCAAGACGUGACCCUGAUCAUCCUGGAAAUCGCAGCCAUCAUCUCCCUGGGGCUCUCCUUCUACCACCCGCCCGGAGAGAGCAACGAAGGCUGCGCGGCGGCCCAGGCCGGGGCAGAGGAUGAGGGGGAGGCGGAGGCAGGCUGGAUAGAGGGUGCGGCCAUCCUUCUCUCCGUCAUCUGCGUGGUCCUUGUCACGGCCUUCAACGACUGGAGCAAGGAGAAGCAGUUCCGGGGCCUGCAGAGCCGCAUCGAGCAGGAGCAGAAGUUCACGGUCAUCCGGGCCAACCAAGUGGUCCAGAUCCCAGUGGCGGAGAUCGUGGUCGGGGACAUCGCCCAGAUCAAAUAUGGCGACCUGCUCCCUGCCGACGGCCUCUUCAUCCAGGGCAAUGACCUCAAGAUUGACGAAAGCUCCCUGACUGGGGAGUCCGACCAGGUGCGCAAGUCUGUGGACAAGGACCCCAUGCUGCUGUCAGGGACCCACGUGAUGGAGGGCUCAGGAAGGAUGGUGGUGACUGCUGUGGGUGUGAACUCUCAGACUGGCAUCAUCUUUACCCUUCUCGGGGCCGGUGGAGAAGAGGAAGAGAAGAAAGACAAGAAAGGUGUGAAGAAGGGGGAUGGCCUUCAGCUACCAGCAGCAGCAGAUGAUGCGGCAGCUUCAAAUGCUGCAGAUAGUGCCAAUGCCGGCCUAGUCAAUGGUAAGAUGCAAGAUGGCACUGUGGAGGCCAGCCAGAGCAAAGCCAAGCAGCAGGACGGGGCGGCCGCCGUGGAGAUGCAGCCCCUGAAGAGCGCCGAGGGCGGCGGCGAUGCUGACGACAGGAAGAAGGCCAGCACGCACAAGAAGGAGAAGUCCGUGCUGCAGGGCAAGCUCACCAAGCUGGCCGUGCAGAUCGGCAAGGCUGGCCUGGUGAUGUCGGCCAUCACGGUCAUCAUCCUGGUGCUGUACUUCACCGUGGACACCUUCGUGGUCAAGAAGAAGCCCUGGCUGCCCGAGUGCACGCCCGUCUACGUGCAGUACUUCGUCAAGUUCUUCAUCAUCGGCGUGACCGUGCUGGUGGUCGCUGUGCCUGAGGGCCUGCCUCUGGCCGUCACCAUCUCCCUGGCCUACUCGGUGAAGAAAAUGAUGAAGGACAAUAACCUGGUACGCCACCUGGACGCCUGCGAGACCAUGGGCAACGCCACGGCCAUCUGCUCGGACAAGACCGGCACGCUGACCACCAACCGCAUGACCGUGGUGCAGGCCUACGUCGGCGACGUCCACUACAAGGAGAUCCCUGACCCAAGCUCCAUCGACACCAAGGCCAUGGACCUGCUGGUCAACGCCAUCGCUAUCAACAGCGCCUACACCUCCAAGAUCCUGCCCCCAGAGAAGGAGGGUGCCCUGCCUUGGCAGGUGGGCAACAAGACGGAGUGCGGCCUGCUGGGCUUCGUGCUGGACCUGAAGCAGGACUACGAGGCCGUGCGCACGCAGAUGCCGGAGGAGAAGCUCUACAAAGUGUACACCUUCAACUCCGUGCGCAAGUCCAUGAGCACCGUCGUCAAGCUGCCCGACGGGAGCUUCCGCAUGUACAGCAAGGGAGCGUCCGAGAUCGUGCUCAAGAAGUGCUGUAAGAUCCUCAAUGGGGCAGGUGAGCCCAGGGGCUUCCGGCCCCGGGACCGGGACGAGAUGGUGAAGAAGGUGAUUGAGCCCAUGGCCUGUGACGGGCUCCGCACCAUCUGCGUGGCCUACCGUGACUUCCCCAGCAGCCCGGAGCCCGACUGGGACAACGAGAAUGACAUCCUCAACGACCUCACCUGCAUUUGCGUGGUGGGCAUCGAGGACCCCGUGCGGCCCGAGGUCCCGGAAGCCAUCCGCAAGUGCCAGCGGGCUGGCAUCACGGUCCGCAUGGUGACCGGUGACAAUAUCAACACGGCCAGGGCGAUCGCCAUCAAGUGUGGCAUCAUCCACCCUGGGGAGGACUUUCUGUGCCUGGAGGGCAAGGAGUUCAACCGGAGGAUCCGGAACGAGAAGGGGGAGAUUGAGCAAGAGCGAAUCGACAAGAUCUGGCCCAAGCUGCGGGUGCUGGCCCGAUCCUCUCCCACCGACAAGCACACGCUGGUCAAAGGCAUCAUCGACAGCACCCACACCGAGCAGCGGCAGGUGGUGGCCGUGACUGGGGACGGGACCAACGACGGGCCUGCCCUCAAGAAAGCAGACGUGGGGUUCGCCAUGGGCAUCGCGGGGACGGACGUGGCCAAGGAGGCCUCGGACAUCAUCCUGACGGACGACAACUUCAGCAGCAUCGUCAAGGCCGUGAUGUGGGGCCGCAACGUCUAUGACAGCAUCUCCAAGUUCCUGCAGUUCCAGCUGACCGUCAACGUGGUGGCCGUGAUCGUGGCCUUCACAGGGGCCUGCAUCACUCAGGACUCACCCCUGAAGGCCGUGCAGAUGCUCUGGGUGAACCUCAUCAUGGACACGUUCGCCUCGCUGGCACUGGCCACGGAGCCGCCCACGGAGACCCUGCUUCUCCGGAAGCCGUACGGCCGAAACAAGCCCCUGAUCUCGCGCACCAUGAUGAAGAACAUCCUGGGUCAUGCCGUCUACCAGCUCACCCUCAUAUUCACGCUGCUCUUUGUGGGCGAGAAGAUGUUCCAGAUCGACAGCGGGAGGAACGCGCCGCUGCACUCGCCGCCCUCGGAGCACUACACCAUCAUCUUCAACACCUUCGUCAUGAUGCAGCUCUUCAACGAGAUCAACGCCCGCAAGAUCCACGGCGAGCGCAACGUCUUCGAAGGCAUCUUCCGCAACCCCAUCUUCUGCACCAUCGUCCUGGGCACCUUCGCCAUCCAGAUCGUGAUCGUGCAGUUCGGGGGCAAGCCGUUCAGCUGCUCACCGCUGCAGCUGGACCAGUGGAUGUGGUGCAUCUUCAUCGGGCUGGGAGAGCUCGUCUGGGGCCAGGUCAUCGCCACCAUCCCGACCAGCAGGCUGAAGUUCCUGAAGGAGGCGGGAAGGCUCACCCGGAAGGAGGAGAUCCCGGAGGAGGAGCUCAAUGAGGACAUGGAGGAGAUUGACCACGCCGAGAGAGAGCUGCGGCGGGGCCAGAUCCUCUGGUUCCGGGGCCUCAACCGCAUCCAGACGCAGAUCCGAGUGGUGAAGGCAUUCCGUAGCUCUCUCUACGAAGGUCUGGAAAAGCCCGAGUCUCGAACCUCCAUCCAUAACUUCAUGGCUCACCCAGAAUUCCGGAUCGAGGAUUCCCAGCCCCACAUCCCCCUCAUCGACGACACCGACCUGGAAGAGGACGCCGCCCUCAAGCAGAGCUCCAGCCCGCCCUCGUCGUUCAACAAGAACAACAGCGCCAUCGACAGCGGGGUCAACCUGACCACCGACACAAGCAAAUCAGCUACCUCUUCAAGUCCAGGGAGCCCCAUCCACAGCCUGGAGACAUCGCUUUAGCUGAGGACCCCGGCGCCCGGGAGCAGCAGCAGCAGCCACAGGAAACCAAACGCCGGAGAGAGACCCCUGUGCACCCGCAGACCCCUCUCCGGCCGGCGGCCGGCGCACGUUGGAGGCGAGGGGCGGGAGGGAGCGAGUGGUCAGUACCAGGCCCUCUGCUCCCGCCCACCCACGGACCAGCCGUGCCCGCCCGGCCGCCGCGUCCCUGCAUGAAUGUACUGUACACUUCCGGCCCUCCCCUUCUUGGGUUUUCGGGGGUUGGGAGGGGGGGGAUUUUUGUUUGUUUGUUUGUUUGUUUGUUCGUUUUCUUAGGCGGGAACUGCAAACGGACUCAUUUCUGAGACUCGUUAUCCAAUCCACUGGUCUGUGAGUUUUUGAAGUGCUUGCGCAGCAUGGUCUCAGUUGUAAAAAUUAAUUUAAUUAACUCUUUUGAAACUGCAGAGCUUAACUCGCCCAGUAGAUUUGCACCAAUGGAACCGAAGAACUUCAUAGAUGUUCACAAGGUUAUAUCCAUUUCUCUGUAUCUAUAUCAACGUGUACGCCUCCCGGGCGGUAUACGUCCAUAUAGAUAGGUAGAUUUAUAUAUAUAUAAAAGUAUAUGUAUAUAUAUAUAUACACACACACAUAUAUACAUGGAUAUAUAUAUAUAUAUAGUUUCUUUGCCGGCAUGUUGCCUUGUUUCCGCUUAAAUUGCUCUAUUUUAACUUAUUUAUGUCCUAAGAGAAGAAUGUAAUUUGUUUACAAACCUGUAGAUAAUGUCUUCAGCUAUUUGUACGGUUUAAGAACACUAGAGGCCGACUGGGGUGCUGUUUCCACAACUCAGCCCCCCAGAUCCGUGCUCCUGGAUCACAUCCUUGAUGUUUUAUGAUAGCCAUGUUCUGAUUUUUGCCUGCUAUUUCCGUUCAAUAACGUCACUACUGCGGGAGGCUCAGGCAGAAGCCAAGUAAGAAGCUACUGACUGAGUGUCUGUGGUGGGGGAGGUUGCACACCACAUGCUCCGUAGACAAAGGGAGAGGAGGAGAGGAGCCUUCGUGGUUUGGCAAGGAGAACCCCCCACACCCCAGCCCUCCCAACCACACCAGCGGUGGGAAGGGGGACGGGACACAGGAAGCAAAGGUUGCCAACUUCUCUCUGUCUGAAACGCGCUUGAGUUUACCACGAGCAUUUCCAACCUCGACUCCCUUGGGCGCCGUCUGUGUGGACACAAGGGUGGUGUUGAGGUUUUAUAAAUGCUGUUGUGUUUGGGGGGUGUUGGUUUUUUGCUUUUUUUUUUUAAGUUGGUCCUUUGGGGGGGGGUAUUUCUCUACAAAUGGCAGCGUAGGAGCUGUUGGCUAUGGAUGAAAGAUCAGGGUAGCUUGCUGCUUUUGACUUUAUCUCUGAAGGAAAGAAGAGCCUUUUCUCUGCACUACUUAGAUCCAAAUGAACUCCAUGACGUGUGCAUUGAGAUGUAGUCAGUGUGGUUUCCAACAAAUUGUCUUCCCGUAGUCACAAUAUCGAGACCGUAGCCCUUGAGCAGCGAGUCUCGCAUUCCCAGACAGAAAGCCAUUCUGAAACCCUGCGGCCUCACAGGGGAGACAAGGUGGUUAUUUUGCUCCCCACCCCCACCCCGACCAUAACGCACUAGUAAUCCCACUCGAUGAGAGCUUCCUUCAUUGUACGUCAGCCCCUUCACUGCUCAGCACUUUGUGGGUCUCGGCUUUUUUCAUAAAAGAACUUUUGUAUUGAAUACAAAGUUUGCUUUGAGACUUUUCGGCAUAUGAUCUUUUUCCAUGAACUUGUACAGCGCAAAAGACAUUUUGAAUACCAUGAUCGAUGAUGUCCCAUGCUUCGAGGGUCAGCAAACACUUGCGAAACUCAUUCCUCCUGCUGACUCUGCCCACAGUGGUCCUGUGUCCAGCCGGCCCUUCCCUUCUCCGGGCCCAGAGAACUCUUCCACGAACCCGACGAAUCCCCUCGGGAACCGAGCCAUAGCCAACGGGGAGGGCCUUGGCCUGGAUGGCUGUGGAGACACAACCGUGAGGGCUUGGGGUCCCAGGCAGCGGCCCCACGGAGCUGGAACACCCUCCUGUCUGGAGAAAGCCUUCCAGGAGCCGCCGCCUUUGUGAGAGCCCAGCGCCUGAAUGUCACGACGAACUCUCUGAAUGUACCCAGCAGAGGACACUACCCCCACGGGGCCAUCAGCCCGCACCUGUGCUGCUUGGAUUCUGCGCCGGCAAGCACCGCCACCAGGCAGCCACCGAGCAACUCAGAGGAAGGACCCCUCAGGCGUGAGUGGCAGGGGCCAGCCUCGGAACAUGGUGGUGGUGUGGGGUUUUUUUGGAGUUUCCUUUCUCAAGUUUUCCCAUGCCCACGUCUUUGUUUCAAUCACACGUCCGUCUGUGACCUCAUUCCAAGACACCAGGAUGGUUCCCCGUGUGCUCCCUGGGCCUGAGCCUCUGCAGGCCAGAAGCGGAGCCCUGCCUGGGGACUAAGGACCAGGGAAGCUACGGAGACUAAGAAUGUGUGGCAUCAGCAUGGGUCCUUUCUUGUCAAGAGUGAUGGGUCCCCGCCCCUACACACAUACACACACACCUGCAGACACAGCCACAGGAAAUGGUUUGUCAAAAUUCACUGUAGCACACCAAGCUUGCACUCUGAGUCCUAUAUCUAGCAGCAUGGGGUACGUUUGGCAGUUCACCCCACUAGGGGGUAAAUAAUUUAUGACCAUUCAUCUGUUUUUAUGAAUUUUUUAUCUAGACAAUAAUUGUAAAUAAAGGACUCGCUGUCUCUGUUCAUUUAA